AUGGUCAUACUAACAUCACACACACACACACUUCAUCGACUUCACAGUCCUGGCAGAGAUUUUGGAGAGCCUCUCAGAGACGGACCAUUCAGCCAGAUCUUGUGGACGGAAAAGAAAACACCCAGUCAGAGGAAAUGGUGGUCUUGCACUUUGAACACCUCGAUGACGGCGCAAGCAACGCCGCUCCAGACGGCCACGAUGUGCGGGCAAAUUUUGGUGAACGUCUUUCAGACGAUCGCGAUCUUGGGCAUGAUGACCGUGGCGUGGCCGGAAAUCUUCCAGACCACCUCCAAGAGCUUCAAGGUCUUCCUGUUGGAUUUGGAAAGCUUCAGCCUGAGCUGCGUGGCCGGAAAAUCCAGCCUUCAACAAUUUGCUGUGAGUACCCUGCUCUUCCCAUGUGCUGCUCUUUGGUUGCUCUUCCUCCAGGCAGCGUCGCAAUGUUUGCCUGACACCUGGCGCAAAUCGCGCCGUAAGUGGCCCAGAAGCAUCAACACCAUCGGUGUGUUCCUGGAAGCCGGCUUUGGCACGAUGUCUGCGGUGGGACUUCAACCUUUGAUGUGCUACUCGCACCCCAGUGGCCUUUACAGUGUCUUGAAGUUUCCCAACGUCAUCUGUCAAAGCGGCGACCAUGUGGCCAUGGUCAUCCUGGGCGUGGCACUGCUGUGCUUUGCACUGGCUUUCUUUUCCGCCUGUGUGAUGGCCUGCUGGAAGAUGCCAUCGUGGAGUUUAACCGAUGGACAUGAGUUGGUGCAAAGCUUCCGCUUUUUGACCUCCCAGUUUCGCAUGGACGCCUGGUGGUUUGGAGUUCUUCUCCCUUUGCGUGGCUUCUUCUUGAGCUUGUCUGUUGCGGUGGCCACAGAUUUGCCGCCGGCACAAGCGGCAGCUGCUGCGGUGGUCCUGGCAAUCUAUGCUCCAUUCCAGAUGCGUUGGUGGCCAUGGAAGGUGCCAUACAUCAAUCAGGCAGACCUGUGGAUGAAUAUUAUGCUUCUUCUCUUGGUAAACAGCUCAGUGGUGGUAGAAGGCAACACUUCAGUGGAAUGGAGGGAAUUUGGUCAGACCUAUGCUAUGUCGAUCAUGGCAUGUGUUGCUUUUGGUGCAUCUUUCAUGCUGGUCCGAACCCUGAUGGAGCUGUUGCAGAGGCAUGUGCUGAAGAUUGGAGGCGAUGAAUGGAUCGACCCGGCCUGCAAGGCGAUCAGCAAGAAGGCCUCACAAGCCUUACACCACUGUGCUGAACAGCUGAUGGAUAUUGAAGUGACCACUCUGGAGGGCCAACUGAUGCGGAUGAAUCCGUCUGACCUGAAUAUCAUCACUUCUUCCAUCACCUUGAUUUCCAUGGAGAUUUGUCCAAGCAGUGAACAGCAGCUCUUCCAUAUGCGUGUGGCCCUCCAAAGCUUCAAUCAACGGCUUACACGGCUGACAAUGCUUCAGAGCGCCCAGGAAUUUUUGCACCACGGAAGUGACGCAGUCGCGAAGGCGGAGAACUUCGAGGAGGAUCGUUCGGAAAAUGAGGAUGGUAGCGUUGGUGACCUGCAGAAAGAGGAGGUGCAAUAUGCCAAAUUCAAGGAGUUCUGUGAUGCAACACUCACGGAAAAGGGGAAGUCCAUCACUGAAGCAGCAGACAAGAUCGAGCUUCUGACCGCGGAUAUGGAAGCGGCCGGUAGCGAUGCCACACGCCUGGAGACGGAGCUGGCGCAGCAUCAGGCGAUGCUGGCCAACGCCACCGGCAUUCGGGAGAAAGCGCGUGCCAACUUCCUGGCGACUCUCAAGGACUACACGGAGUCCAUCAACGCCAUUGGAAGCGCGUUGAAGGUCCUCAAGGAGACCGCUGCAGGGCCCUCGUUGGUGCAGCUCAAUGAGGUGAAGAAGAUGCUACCGCUGGAUGCCAUCAAGAGCAUUGAUGAGUACUUGGCGCUUUCUGAGAAGAAGCCAAGUCUGCUCAUGAAAACCACAGCCCAGGCGCACCGCUCGGAGCCCGAGAUGUACGAGUUCCAAUCGGGCGGCGUGGUGAGUCUGCUGGAGAACUUGGAUGAGAAGUUCGUGGCUGAGCGCUCCACGCUCGAGAAGGAGGAGUUGGCCAAAAAACACGCCCAUGAGAAGCUGGCGGCGAGCUUGGAAGCCGCCAUCGCCCAGUCCAAAAAGGAGAUCGAGUCCAAGUCGCAGUUCAGGGCCAAGCGUUUGCAAACGAAGGCAUCUGUGGCUUGGAGGAAGAAGCUACGUGUGAUGCAUCUCGAAGAUGGCCUGGGAAACCCCACCGUGGACUCAACAGGAGCCAACUGGCCAGAGGCAGAGGGAGAUUUGGCAGAGACCACCACGGAGAAGGCGUCAGAUGAGAAGUACGCCAAGGAUCUCAAGGCCACCUGUGAGAAGAAGUCCGCCGCCUUCGCCGAACGGAAAGCCCUGCGGACUGAAGAGAUUGAGGUCGCGGGCCCCCGCUGUCAGGCUUUGGGCAAGGCGCAGGAGAUCCUCGCGGGGGGCGCAGUGGCCGGCCACGCCAAGACGAAGCAUCUCCCAUCUCUCCUGGGAACUUCCCUGGCGUUCCUCCGUUCGGAGUCGCCCACGCAGCUGCGUGUGGCCAAGUUCUUGCAGGCACGAGCCACUGCACUUAACAGCAGGGUGCUCAGCGCCAUGGCGGCGCGUGCCGGUGCCGAUCCCAUGUCCAAGGUGAAGGCGAUGAUUGAGCAGCUGCUGGUGAAGAUGGAAGAACAGGCCAACCAAGAAGCGACCAAGAAGGGCUGGUGCGAUGCGGAGCUUAAGGAGAAUAAAGCCAUCCGAGAGGAGAAAGCAGAUGUGGCCGAGGGUUUGCAGUCCGAGAUCGACGAGGUCACUGCCAGCAUCACCAAGCUGGGCCACUGGUCCAGAAGCCGAUCUCCGAUCUGGCAGGAGUUGGAGAGCGCCAUGAGUGAAGCCACGGCCAUCCGAGAGAAGGAGAAGGCCAAGAAUGAGGGCACCUUGAAGGAUGCGCAGCUCGGCAUGAAGGAAGCACAGGCGGCGGUAGCUCAGGCCACCAAUGACUUCUAUGCCAAGGCAGGAGAAGCCACCUCCCUCCUCCAAGCUCCAGAGGUCUUUGGAGAUGAGCCUUACAAGGGCAUGGAGAACAGCGGCGUGCUUUCAAUGCUGGAGGUCAUUGCCACCGACUUCGCGCGGUUGGAGACGGAGACCAAGGAGUAUGACGAGUUCAUGGACGAUUCCAAGGUGGACAAGGUCACCAAGACCAAGACAUCUGAGCACAAGACCAGCAAGAAGCAGACGAAGAGCCAAGAAUUGACGAUGCUGGAGGGCGACCUGCAAGGAACCCAGAAGGAGUUGGAUGCGGCCAAUGUCUAUUAUGAGAAGCUCAAGCCUGAUUGCAUCGACACCAGCGAAUCCUUUGCCGAGCGCAAGGCACUACAGGAGGCCAUGUUGCCGCGGCUCAUUACUCUGGAUAGCACGGGCACCUUGAUGCGUGUGCGGAAGCCGGUGGGAGAGCUCUACCUGCAAGCCAUGCAGCGGAAGAAGCCUUUGCUCCAGGCGUCCGCUCCGGAGCUCUCGGAGCGUUUCCUGACCGCGCUGCGGCGGCGCUCGGCCCUUCGCCCGGCCUUCGGCACGGGCGAAGUGGGCGGAGCGCGCGGGUGGUGGCACCCCGACGGCAUGGUGGAGGGUCCUGGCAGGUUGUGA